CACGUGCAGCCGCCAGAGCAACCGGAAACCUGUUGAAACUCUUGGAUGCUUUUAGACUAACUCCAGUUUUGGUUACUGGCUCCUUCGGGUCACGGCGGCAUGAGGAGCCGCUAGGGGCCGUGUGCGCACUGUGGUCAUCCCGGGCGCCGGUGCCAGCCAGGGGCGGCGGGCUCACGACGGUGGGGUCGGAACCUCCGGGAUUUCAGGAUCUCCGCCGCCUCAUGAGGAGCAAAUCUCUCCAGAGAGGCAGCAAACAUGAUCGCGACGUUUUUUCCCUUCAAGAAACUGCGGCGCAAGAGCAAGUGUGUUCUGUUCGGGAUGGUUCUGCUGGUCGGAGCUGUGGCUCUUCUCUAUGAGAUGUAUGUUGCGGACACAUGGAGCUAUGAGAGCCGUAUGAAUCCUACUUUUGAAAACAGCUAUAAGAGAGUACUGUUUGCUGAACGGGUCAGAAGGGACCAUCAACCACAUUUAACUCCAACUACUUGGAAGUCAAGCUACGCUUUACAACGCUGGAGUCCAGCAUUUAUCGGACGGGUCAACCUGCAUGUUUUCGAGGACUGGUGCGGCGGUUCUGUAGCCACCCUCCGCAACAACCUACACUAUCCACUGUACCCCCAUUCCAGAACUACAGUGAAGAAACUGGCUGUCUCUCCUAAGUGGACCAACUACGGGCUCAGGAUAUUUGGAUACCUACAUCCUUACACUAAUGGAGAGUUUGUGUUUGCCCUGAGCUCUGAUGACAACUCUGAAUUUUGGCUCAGCAAAGAUGAGUCCCCCUUAAACAUGACAUUGCUGGCAUGGGUUGGCCCGACUGGUACCGAGUGGGCAGCCCCAGGAGAAUAUGAGAAGUAUGCCAGUCAGAUCUCUCAGCCAGUUAGGCUGUCUGCUGGGAGGAGGUACUUCUUUGAAGUUAUCCACAAACAGAAUGACAAAGGAACCGACCACGUGGAGGUGGCAUGGCGGCUCUUGGGUAAAGAGUUGAUGUUCACAGUUAUUGAAUCUGAGUACAUCUCACUCUAUGCUGAUGAGUCUGCAAUGUUGAUGAGUGACAUAGGCCACAUUCCUCAGACGGCUGCCAGCCACAAACGCGCCCCCACAAAGCGCCUCGAUGCCACAGCGGACAUGCUCAGGGAAGACCCGCGAGACACAUUUUACCAUGUGCCUUUAAUAAACACCAAGUUCCUGGAAGGUGUAUUGCCCGACUGCUCCUAUAAUCCCAGCUACACAAUUAAAGACUUUCCUCUGGUCCGCUACCAAGGACUGCAGUUUAUUCACUUGUCCUAUGUCUACCCCAAGGACUACACCCGACUCACACACAUGGAGACGGAGACCAGCUGCUUCUACCCUGAGAGCUCCUACUACCUGAAGAGAUUCGGGUUCUCCAGAUACAUGCGACUUGACCACUCUGAAGUGCAGCAAGAUGUAAAGUUUGGAAGAGAUAACCAAGACAACUUUAACAAUAAAACCUACCACAGUGCAGGAGACAGCUGGGGCCAACUCAAAGAUAACUUUAAUCAGAACUAUGGAGAUGACAAUAAUCAUGACACUAAGAAAGACAUGCGCAAGCUAUUCACUUUAGACAUGCAAGAAGUUGUGGACAUGCUGAAGAACUCUCCUACCACAACACUGCCUGAAAAUAUGUUGAGGAAAAGGCAAGGCAGUGUUGACUCUUCAAAACGCUAUCCACGCUUGAUGCGGAGUCAGGCAGAUUUAAAGGUUAACCAACAAGACCAAGAAGUAGAACAGAUUCGACCACAAGCAAUACUCAAGUCAAUGCAGAAUUCCGUGAGGGCAGGACAGACGAACACUGUGAAGCCAAUGGAAGCGAAGGAGAGCUUAAUAAUUUGGCGAAACCAGCAAUAUUCUAAACAACAUUACGUACAAAAGUCUCAGAGAAAGAACAGCAAUGUCAUGCUGAGGACUCCAGAGAGGAACGCCUCAAUGCCUCUCAAACCCAUAGCGGCGACGCAGCAGACACAUGUGAACAGACGGAAUCAGUUUCAAGCAGCUGCCACUAAACGUUUGAGAACUUCAGAGCCAGACCAGGAAGGGACUUUUGUGCAGUUGAAUCAGGGAGAUACAUAUGUUAGAAAAAGUUUCAGGGAGGAUGAGCUUAAGGUGAAGAAGCCUCUAUUACAAGAUAAUAAAAAUGUGAACAUAACAACUAAAGAUAAGGUGGCCCAAAGGUGGCCGGAGAAGUAUGUAAAGAAAGAUACUGUGUAUAACAGUCGGAACCAAAGGAGAGACUUCAAUCAACAACGUGAAUGGGGAAAAGAAAAGCAAUAUGCUGCUGAUAGUGAUGACGAAGAGGAAUUCAGCGAGUCACUGUUUGAUACUGCGGUCAACUGGAGACAAACCUUCCAGGUCAACCACAUAGACUUUCAGAUAUAUCGCUCAGAUUGGAUAGACCAGCAAUGCAACAUCUCCGGCAACCUACUGCUCCAGACCAAUGACGUUGAGACCGUAGUGCAGGGCUUCAUGGACAGGCUCGAACUAAACUACCCAAAGCAGUUCACCCUGGUCCGUGUGAUUAAUGUGGUGAAGCGUGUGGAUGGGAUCCAAGGUAGCCGGUACCUCAUAGAGCUGGAGUUGAAAAACUCGACUGGCCAGUUGCUGCGGUUCGCACAGUACAUCUACACUCUGGUUCGGUACAGCAAGAAACGCGUAGUCAGUCUCGGUUUACGGCACCCCAUAUCUCAGAUGGUGCUGUGCAACCCAGUGGGCUUCCAGUGGAAUCCUGUUGCCAUGGUUCACUUCAUAGUUCCAGUGAAAAACCAGGCUCGGUGGGUGCAACAGCUAAUUUCUGAUAUGGAGGAACUGUACAGAGUAACAGGAGACACCAACUUCAAUCUCAUCAUCGUUGACUACAGCAGCACUGACAUGGACGUCCACAUGGCUCUGCAGAUGUCCAGUCUCGAAAGGUACAAGUAUGUGAAACUGAGUGGAAACUUUGAGCGCUCUGCUGGUCUGCAAGCUGGUGCUGACCUUGUAACUGACAAACACAGCAUACUGUUUCUUUGUGACCUGCACAUCCAUUUCCCUUCCUCCAUCAUCGAUACCAUCAGGAAGCACUGUGUGGAGGGAUACAUGGUCUUUGCUCCUAUUGUUAUGAGACUAGACUGUGGCGCUACACCUUCAGAUGCCAGAGGUUACUGGGAGGUCAAUGGCUUUGGACUGCUGGGGAUCUAUAAGACAGAUCUGAUAAAAAUUGGAGGAAUGAACACCAAAGAAUUCACCAACCGGUGGGGAGGAGAAGACUGGGAACUUCUUGAUAGGAUCCUCCAGGGAGGUCUGGAAGUAGAGAGAAUCUACCUGAGGAACUUCUUCCACUACUAUCACUCCAAACGUGGCAUGUGGAACCGGCGUAUGUCAUCAAACUCCAGGUGACCAGGUCAACUGUCAUGGCUGCAACCAUGGCAGUUGGAGCACUUUAUUGUCACGCCAUGAAUUCUGCUUCUUGGAGAUAGUACACACUGGCUAUGGGAAGAUCCUGCCAUACCCUUGAUACCGUCUUCAGUCACCUGACCAAGGAAAUACUACUGAUACUUUGAUUCUCAGAAUUUAUUUUAUUGAAAUUACUGUAACACUGACUGAAAUGACCUACAGUUGCCUUACUGUUGUCUGAAGAUAUGGUACUGCUCUAUGUAAAUGUCACUGGCUAGUAUGUGAUAGUACAUUUAUAGGGGAUACCGCUGUGUACCAGGGUACUGACAGAAGGCUGAGAUGAUCUGCACUCCUGGCGGAACAAUCCUGACCUCAGCCAAAGACAAAACUAAGAGGAAACCUUCUGCAUAAAUUCAGCAGUUAAUCAUUCAUAUACCUCCAUCAAGGGGAGACGAAAUUCACUCACUCACUCAUCUUCAGCUGCUUGCGUGAGGUGGGUACACCCUGGAUAGGACACCAGUCUGUCGCAGGGGCACU